UCUUGUACAAUUAAUUCAUUGCUGGCUGAAGCUUACUGCAUUGUUGUCUACUAAGCAGAGAAUAGCAUGAUAGUGAUAAUCUCUAUUGUAAAAUUCAAAUGUAAAUCAUGGAAAACAUUACAAUGUGAAUGGAAUGUUACGCAUUCAAAUGCAAAUCAAAAUUUGAACCAUACUGACUGCAGGGAAAUGAAAGGUUGGCCUGUGAGUUAUGAGAAUGCUUCUUCCUUGCUGGUGAUGGGACUAUGAUCCCACAUUAGAAGACCAAGCAUUUUUUCUCCAGAUUUUGAUGUAGAGGAUAAAGAAAAAAGGUUCAGUUUGUUAAGAAUGGCUUUUUAUAGAACAAGAAAUGCAUCAAGAAUUGUAAAACAUGAUGAUGUGGAAACAUUGUCAUACUGCAAAAACUUUUCCAAUGUCAAGGAUUUGCUGAUGACUGGGCUUUUAGAAGGGCUUUCUGUGAAUUAUAUCUUCAAGAAGCAUAAGGUAAACCUCCAUGGAUUUAUAAAAGGUGAUGGUUAUCAAUGUGGAUGUUCGUCAUGUAAUUACACUCAAGUAUUAUCUGCGCUUGAGUUUGAGAAGCAUGCAAGGGUUACCUCAAGUCACCAAAACAAUCAUAUUUUCUUGGAUAAUGGAAAAACACUUCACCAAAUUGUCGUACAUUUGGCACAGGUGCCUGCCAAGUCUUUGUAUGAAGAAAUGAUUGAUAUAACGGGUCAUGACAUUGAUUUCGGGUUAUUCAGUGCUUGGAUGAGAGGAUCACUGCAAACAACAAGCCUUUUACGAGCCAGAAUUAACAACUUAAAGUUGAAUUCUCCACCAAAUCUUAUGAGCCAGAUUCAACCAUUGGUGAGAAAUGAGCUGAAGAGGCCUCGCAAGAAACUGAGAAGAGGGGCCUCGUCGAGGACUAUUCCAGCGACAAAUGGCUCGUGGUCAGUGUCAGGAGUGUCGAAAAAUGUACUUCCAGUUCCUUCAGAGACCAAAGAUCCCUCAGUUUUAGGACCUAGUGGAGACGAAACUUAUACAAGCAAAGGCUCAGGGUUAGAGUCACCACCCUCCCAUAAUGACUUGCUAGUCCCGUUGGUGACCAAAUUUUCAUCUCCUUUGGUAUUUUAUGGAGAAACUGAUACAAGAAAUUGCCCAGGAUUAGAUUCACAACCCUCUACUAACAGCAUGCUGCUUCCUUUGGAGACCAAAAACCCCUCUUCUUUAGUAUUUCAUAGCAAGACUGAUACAAGCAAUGGCUUGGGAAUAGAGUCACUACCCUUUGAUAGUGGCUUUCUAAUGCAUUUGGAGACCAAUGAUCUCUUUCCUCUGGACCUUAAUGGAGAAACUGCUACAGGGAUCUUCCACACUGAUGGUUUGGUUUUCGAGCUGCCAUCCUCCAACAAUGAUGGCAAUCCAAUCCAGAAAUCAGAUAAUCAAGGAUACGGCCCAAAUGGCUUUUCCCAUCAAGAAUUUGAGAUGAAUGUGGCCCCUUCGGGGACUGGAUUCGAGAAGGUGCAAGCAGAGAUCCUUGAGAAGUGUCAGGAGGAUUUCUUGCCAAGUAACAAGAAGGAAUGGAAGAGUUACAAUAAUGUGUCUUCAAUGGUCUUCAUUCGUAAUGUCAAAAGCUUGCUAUCUACUGGCUUGCUUGAGGGGAUGCCAGUCAAGUACAUCUACAAGAAAGGAAAUGUGGAGCUUCAUGGAUAUGUUAAAGGUCUUGGGUAUCAAUGUGGUUGUUCAUCAUGUAAUUAUACUGAGGUGCUAUCUGCUCUAGAGUUUGAAAGACAUGCAGGGGCUGCUACAAAAAAUCAGAAUGAUCACAUAUUCUUGGACUGUGGGAUAAGUAUCUAUGGCCUGGUUAAAAAAGUGCACAAUCUUCCACUUGACUCAGUAUGUGGAGUGCUUGAGAGAAUGAUUGGCCAUCCUCCAAAUGCAGAAUGCUACGAGGCAUGGAGAGAAGCUCAAGCAAUAGGCCCCCAAACACAAAGUUCUGGCCUAAAAAGGAAGGAAAACAAUCAGAAUCAUUCAAGUUCCCAUCUUGGGUCUGGCUUAGUUCAAAGCCAUGUGGUGCAUAGCAUAGGAGACAACGACCGCUCUUCCUUUCCAAAUUUCAUUGAACAACUUUUACACAGUGAGCAGGAUUAUCCAAUUAUGAUCAAAGAGCAGAGAAGUUCCCAAGUGCCUAAUAUGGAAGAGAGAGUUUCCAUACCUUUUGAUCUCAAUGAAGAAUGUAGCCUUAUGUUUCAUGACAUAGAAGGAAAGGAGUGGCCUCCUUCAAAUAACUUCGGGGACAUUUCAUAUGACCUACCGGAUUAUCCGAAUAUGAUCAACAACACAAGGUGUUCUUCAGGGCUGCCUACGGAAUGCAAUGCUGUUGCAGCCUCGAGUGGUGAGGAACUCAAUUUCACAAUGCCUGCUACAAAGGCCAGUACAGCUUCAGAUUCCAGAAUCCCCAACGCUAAUUCACCUGUAAAACAGAAUCAUUCGGACAUGGAAAGGUCAGAAAUAACAGAAAGGUUGCCAUUAUCACAGAAUGUUCACAACAUUCCUGAAUCCACUCUUUGUCCUACAGGGGAAACUAAUUUUGCUCAAGGUUUUUCAAAGAAAAGGUAUAAUGAUUUGCAUGGAUUAGUUUUCAUGGAAAGUGGUCUAGCAGAUGGAUCUGAAUUGGAUUACCGCUCAAAGGGACAGACAAUCCUGAGAGGUAAAAAACUUCAAAAUGGUAUACUGUGUAGUUGCUGUAACAGCAAGGUUAGUCCUUCACAGUUUGAAGCCCAUGCUGGAUUUUCUGGAAGGCGUCAACCCUAUCAUAACAUAUACACUCCUAUUAUGGACUUAUCACUUCAUGAGCUAUCAAUUAUCCUGUCAGGUGGUCAAAACUUGACUACGAUGUUAAGUGAAGAAAAGUGUGCGAUAUGUGGAGAUGGUGGAGAACUGAUUCCUUGUGAUGCAUGCCCAAAAGCCUUCCACACAGUUUGUUUGGACAUACAAUGCCUUCCUGAGGGCGAAUGGCGUUGUCCAUACUGCACAGAAAGCUUUUCUGAAACAACAUCUACAGUUACAGCCUCAUGUGCUACUCAACCUCUUUCUGUUCAUUCAAAACGCAUCCUUAAAGCACCAACAAAUUUCCUUGGUGGUUGUGCCUUUUGCAAGGGAUUCUCUUCCUGUCAAGAUAAUUUCAGUGCAGAAACAGUUCUGUUCUGUUACCAAUGUGUGAAGGAGUACCAUGUUGGUUGUUUGAAAAAACAACGAUUUUGUGAUUUAAAGGACAUCCCUUUGAGCAAGUGGUUUUGCUCUGCAGAAUGUGAUAGAAUCCAUGUCGCCUUGGAAAGAUUUGUGCUUAAAGGACCGUUGGCUGUUCCCUGGUCACUAAUAACUAUGAUGAAAAGUAAAACCAGAGAUAUUGGGUUAGCUAAUGAAACCAGAGAUGAAGUACAGUGGCAACUUCUAAAUGGGCAGCACAUUCCUGUUUCAGAAAAACUAUUUGUCAAGGCUAUUUCUAUCUUUGAAGAUGAAUUUGGUCCUAUAGUUGAAAGAGGCAAUGAUAUCAUACCAGCUAUGGUUUACAGUCGAGAGAUUGUUGAUCAAGAUUUUGAGGGGAUGCAUUGUGCAGUUCUAAUGGUGAAGUCAGUAGCUGUAUCUGCUGCAGUUUUCAGAGUAUUUGGUAAGGACGCUGCUGAAGUUCCUUUGAUUGCCACUCAUCAUAAAAGCCGAGGGAAGGGAUAUUGCAAAACUCUUCUGCUUUUGAUAGAGGAGCUUUUGCGUUCUUUGGGUGUGGAAACUGUGAUGCUUCCUGCAGCUGAAGAUGAACUUCCAUUGUUCUUAGACAAACUUGGCUAUACAAAAAUGGAAGAAGAGCAGCUAAAGCAGUAUUCAGAGGCCCUCCCAUUAUUGAUGUUCCAAAACACAAGCAUGCUGGAGAAACAAUUGUCUCGCAAUGCAUUUCCUAGUUGUCCUAUGAACAGCUAAAGAUUAUAAUCAACAUUGCUUUCUCCAAAUUAUUUUACGAUGACUUACAUCCUUUGUUGACGAGAAUGGGCUGCCGGGGCAUUGGUGAAGUUGUUCUUAGUGUAGUCUCACACAUGAUUUGGAGGUGAGGAAAGUCCCUUUGUAUCUGACUUAAAUGCUGCAUACAUGCAACACUUACCAACACUGCUGCACUUCCUUGAACACAAAAAGUGGAUAUUGUUUCAACUAUUUAUCUAGAAAUGUCUUUGUAUUAGCAUUGUUUGCGAUGCGAAAACAUUCUUUCAUUGUUUACACAGAAUUACUUUCUUCUUGUGGAUAAAAUUUAUGAUUUGUGUCUUUUUUAGCCUGUAAUCAGUGAGCAAUGCAUU